GGCUAGAUCUAUAGGCUCGAUAGGAUGAUUGUAUUGCCCUGGUGGAGGAAACAGGCAAGAGCAGGCCAGGGCACCGGAGAGCGAGUUGUAGGGGGAUGAUAAUCCCACUCAGGAGCAAGAGGCAUCUGAGUGGGAACGUGCACCGGGGAUUUCUUCUCUCAGUGAGUGAGUGUUGGGUACCUGUUAUGUUCAGCAUAUCUUGGGGGGAGGUAAACAAUAAUAGCUUCUGUCUCCAAGGAGCUUAUGCUAGAGUAAGUCCAUGGGUGGAGAAGAAUAUGGGUGAGUUUUGAGUCUUCAGGGAUAGCUUGAUGGGGAGAGGGAGGGCGUGUUGACGUGGUGGCAUCAGCACCAUCAGAUUGGAGGAUGACCAGCAGCCGAGAAUAAGGACAGGCAGUGUGCCGUGUCACUGCUGUGCCCCUAGCAGUGCUUAGCAGGGUCUCUCGUAGCUGCUGACUAAAUAAUGCAGGUGGAUGAAUGGGUAAAUGGGAUAAGAAGGUCUAGGGCACAGAGGACAAGAUGUGAUGUUUGGAUUUGGCGCAUAGCAAUCUCUGGCCAACUUAGAGCUGUCGUUGGAGUGUUAAGGAUGGAGGAUGGCGUGACAAUCGAGAGGGAGGGAGUGGCAGCAUACAGACCACCUUUGAUAGGUAUAGGCAGGAACUGUGGGAGAGAAACGGGACAAGGGCGCUGGCAGAGUUAAGUAGAGCCUUUCCCCAAAGGGCACCUAGGAGCCCAUGGUUUCCUUUGAGGGACAUGCCUGGAGUUGCCUUAAUGGACGGCCGGAGGUUUUAAUGAGGACAGAGAAUGACGUCCUCUUGCAGAGGAGGGGAAUGAAACUUGGGUCACCACGUGCCAGAGGCUUGACGUAGGGCGUCUAGUUUAAUGCCCCCAGCAAGCCUAGGAAGAGAUCAUAUUGAAUGGCCUCGUUUUACAGGGGAGAAACGGAAGCUCCGAGAGCUAAGCGUCGGCCUCGCAGUGUCAUGACCAGGAAGCGUGAAUAGGAUCAGCCCAGCUCAGUGGGGCCUGGGCCGCCCGCCUCGGAGACACCCCAGCAGCAUUUAGCCAGAAUGAGCUAGAAGUUGGGCUGGAAAGGGGAAUCAAGAGUUAUGGGUUGGAGGGCAGAAAAAGGUGUAGGAGUUGUGGAGGGUUAAUUCUGAAUGUAGAAGAGGGCAGUGGGGUUUCUGGGCCAAGCAGCUGGGCGUUAGAAUCUACAGGUCAGCAGGGAGCUGAGUGAAGGGCCUUCGGGGAAUGAGGCUCGGUUCGCGGCAGGCCUGAGAGUCUUGGCUCACCUCCUGAUGUUGGUGUCUGCCAGGUAUGGAGCAGAUGAAAAAGCAGCAAAGCCCGGAGCAGAAAGGAAGUGAGACUCGAAGGUGCUGACAGCUCAUUGAAAUUGCAGGCUGCCUUAUUUCCAUUUUACGGGUGAGGAAACCUAAAGCUCCAAGGGGAAGCUGCCUGGCUUGGUGCAUAGCUGGUUAGUCAGCCCUGGCCUGAGAUGCGAGUGGUCCCGUCUGCCUGCAGAAUUUGUUCCUGUUGAAGAGUGGCUCCUUGAUUCCCAGACCCUUUGAGGUUUUAGGAGUCUAUAGGUGAAAUUCUCUACCUCUAAGGAGAAACAGCCCCUGCUCCUUCAUCAAGAGCAAGCUCUCCAUUGCUAUGGAUACCGAAUCCACAUAUUCUGGAUAUUCUUACUAUUCAAGUCAUUCGAAAAAAUCGCACAGACAAGGGGAAAGAAAUAGAGAGAGACACAAAUCCCCCCGGAGUAAAGAUGGCAGAGGGUCAGAAAAAUCUGUCACCAUUCAGGCUCCCACUGGAGAGCCCCUGUUGGCAAAUGAUUCUACUCGAACGGAGGAAGUUCAGGAUGACAACUGGGGAGAGACCACCACGGCCAUCACAGGCACCUCAGAGCACAGUAUAUCCCAGGAGGACAUUGCCAGGAUCAGCAAGGAUAUGGAGGACAGCGUGGGACUGGAUUGCAAGCGCUACCUGGGCCUCACCGUUGCCUCGGUUCUUGGACUUCUAGUUUUCCUCACCCCCAUUGCCUUCAUCCUCUUACCCCCCAUCCUGUGGAGGGAUGAGCUGGAGCCUUGUGGCACGAUUUGUGAGGGACUCUUCAUUUCUGUGGCAUUCAAACUCCUCAUUCUGCUCAUCGGGACCUGGGCACUAUUUUUCCGCAAGCAGAGGGCUGACGUGCCGCGGGUAUUUGUGUUCCGUGCCCUUUUGUUGGUCCUCAUCUUUCUUUUUGUGGUUUCCUAUUGGCUUUUUUAUGGGGUCCGCAUUUUGGACUCUCGGGACCGAAAUUACCAGGGCAUUGUGCAAUACGCAGUCUCCCUCGUGGACGCCCUCCUCUUCAUCCAUUACCUGGCCAUCGUCCUGCUGGAGCUCAGGCAGCUGCAGCCCAUGUUCACGCUGCAGGUGGUCCGCUCCACCGACGGCGAGUCCCGCUUCUACAGCCUGGGACACCUGAGUAUCCAGCGAGCAGCACUGGUGGUUCUGGAAAAUUACUAUAAAGAUUUCACCAUCUAUAACCCCAACCUUCUAACAGCCUCCAAAUUCCGAGCAGCCAAGCACAUGGCUGGGCUGAAAGUCUACAAUGUAGAUGGCCCCAGUAGCAAUGCCACCGGUCAGUCCCGGGCGAUGAUUGCUGCUGCGGCUCGGCGCAGGGACUCAAGCCACAACGAGUUGUAUUAUGAAGAGGCAGAACAUGAACGGCGGGUGAAGAAGCGGAGGGCAAGGCUGGUGGUUGCAGUGGAGGAGGCCUUCAUCCACAUCCAGCGUCUCCAGGCCGAGGAGCAGCAGAAAGCCCCAGGGGAGGUGAUGGACCCCAGGGAGGCCGCCCAGGCCAUCUUCCCCUCCAUGGCCCGGGCUUUGCAGAAGUACCUGCGCACCACCCGGCAGCAGCACUACCACAGCAUGGAGAGCAUCCUGCAACACCUGGCCUUCUGUAUCACCAACAGCAUGACCCCAAAGGCCUUCCUAGAGCGUUACCUCAGCGCCGGCCCCACCCUGCAGUACGACAAAGAGCGCUGGCUCUCUACGCAGUGGAGACUCGUCAGCGACGAGGCUGUGACAAACGGAUUACGGGAUGGAAUCGUUUUUGUCCUUAAAUGCUUAGACUUCAGCCUUGUAGUCAAUGUGAAGAAAAUUCCAUUCAUCGUACUCUCUGAAGAGUUCAUAGACCCCAAAUCGCACAAAUUUGUUCUUCGCUUACAGUCUGAGACAUCUGUUUAAAAGUUCUAUAUUUGUGGCUUUAUUAAAAAAGAAAAAAAAGGAAUUUAUAGAGAUAUAUAUAUGUAUACCAGAGGGGCAUCUUUUUUUAUUAUUAUUCUCCAGUGCUGACUGAAACUGGCAGGUGAUAGACCAGUGUCCUUUGACCAUCUGCACUUUAUUUGGAAGGAGGUGGUGGACGUCUGCUCUGGACAGCAGUGACUGCCGACGCCUGACUUGUGGAUGGGACUUCUCCAGGAGCCGUUCCCCGGCGUUUCUGUGAUAGCUGUAAACCAAAGCAGAGCCUGUGGUUCUUGGGAGCCUUGCCUUACAGCAACUAGUCCCUGUCUUUCGUCCAGCACCACGCCCUCCCCUUGCUUCUGGUCUACCCACUCACAUUCUUCUAGGGGACACAUCUCUAUUCUGCUUCAGGAAACCAGACAUGACAUCUCCAUCGAUGGGUUUGUGUAUGUAAGUGUCCAGUACCAUGUCACCCACGGGAGCCACAGGCGGUUCAGGAAACGCCUGCCUUCAUCUUUGUUGCCUUAGGUUCUGCAGAGAAAGAUCACAACAAAAAAUGUGCACUGUCAGUUUACAGCUCUUAAUGAUUUUAUUUUUUUCCCAAAGAGAAAACCCUGUUUCUCACCUUGCUUCCCUGCUGGCUUGAGCAGGUGACCCUAAGCCCGUCACUCCAUCCUGCCCUCCCCAACACACACUGCACCCCCAUCUGGCUGGCAGGCCUGGCCAGGGCAGCCCAGCCUUCAGAGCUGCCUGGGACCUGGCUCUGCACAUGUGCCCCCGGGAUCUGUGCACAGCCUCCGCUCGGUCCCGUGCUUGUUUGCAUAGGGAACCAGGGAAUGCCACCAGAUAGAACACAGGGAGAGCAAGCAGCUAGAAUAUCCCUUUUAGGCUGCAGAGGGGCCCCUCUCCUCCCGAUUCUCCUCCUCACUGCUCGCACAGACCGGGGGAAACUGGCACUGUGACUCUGAGACUGGUGGGUUCAGUGUGGAGCCUCUCGUUUCCUGGGGAGAUAAGUUCUCAGAAAGCUUCGUAGCAAGCUGCCCUGCCAAGGGAGACCCAAACAAUGCAGACCCACUGCAGCAACAGCUGCUGCUGCCCAGCCCCCAAUUUCUGACCACUGUCACUGUGCAACGCACCUCUGCCACUUACUACCAGGUGGGGGCUUGUUCAGCACCUGGUGUUGUAAUUACUUGUAGUUAUCGAUCAAGUGAGGAGAAGGAAUGGACAAGCUGCAGAGCUUGGGGAAAGGAAAGUAGGGAGCCAGUCUCAUGGUCCAGAAUGAUUCAUCCGUGAUCUGUUCCUUAAUGCAGCUGGUUUGAAUGGGCUUUUCCCUUGGCCCAGGGGAGCCGACAUGGCCAGGUUGUGGGUGGAGGAGCCGUCCUGGUGGAGCCCUGCUGCGGGGGAGCUCAUUAUGGAGCCACAUCCAGACACCAGGCGGGCCAUCUGUGCCUCCAUUGGCUGUCCCAUCUCCGCGACAGACCUUUACAAAGUAUUUGGUCUUGCUUUCCCCAGGUUUUCAGGGUAAUCAAUUACAUUGCUUUAGUAAAGAAUGACACUGUCAAAAUGCUCCGUGUGUGUGUACUCACAUGUACCCUUACUGGUUUGUGUGUUCCACAAAUGGUGCAGUAUUUGUGUAUUAUUUUUUUUAAAUCAAAAUUGGCUUUGGAUAUUUGUAAUACAUCUGUACCUGCAAAAGUAAACUGUGUUCUUGAAUCAACAGCCUUCAGCUGAAAAAGAAGAUGUGUUGGAAAAGAAGAGAGGAGGAGUCGGUAUGGCAUGGAGCCAAGAUGUACUAUUUAACUACAUGGUUCUGUUUAUGGAAAACACAUACCAUGUAACCAUGGUGCUUUUGUUUUCCAUAGUUUUUGCCUUUAGUUCCCUUCAAACUGGACAUUCCUCAUGAUGAUGUCUUUCUCAGGAAAUAUAUUUGGGGAGAUAGGGCAAGGGAUGGUGAAUGUGUAUGAGACUUUGGCUGCAUAAAGGUCAUAAUGUCCCAGAUAAAUGUGUCAGAAGCUGCUGCUUCUGCAACACAGCAGUUGGAAGUGCCGUAAAUAAUUCGUGUAGUUCAUAUAUAGAACAUAUAGUUCAUAAUGACACUAUUCAUCAGCAUUCUAAAAUACUGUGCUUCCAACCCUGUCUUAAAUUACCAGUCCAGAAGGGGUUAAGUUGGCUUCAUUGCUCUGGUGUGUGCAUUCCCAGCAGGGUGAAGAAAGGUUUAAAUUAAAGAAUUUAUUUUCUCUCUGCCCCUUUCUCUCUCUCCCGGUCUUUGCAUAGGAGAAUGUCAAACUUUCUGAAAUUAUUGUUUCUGUUUCAAAUUGAAUAUCGAUUUUUUUUACACUGACUUUGUAUUGAGCCCUUUUUGAAAGAAUAACAAAAUAAAAUGCAGGAUCUUUGUACAAAGCG